CCGCCACAGCGCAUGAUCCCUCACAUCCUAACCUCCUCCUUUUCAUCUCCUCCUCCCCCAAAUAUUAAUCUUCGCCGUCGUCGCCCCCCACCUAAGGCAAAAGAAAAAAAAAGGAAACAAUACCAAGAAAAGCGAAAGGGCCGAGCAUCACUUUGUCCUCGUCCUCUCCUCCCCCUUCUCGCCCUCGCCCGCGAGAUGGACGUCAUAAAUGGCUGGAGGGCCCCCAGAGAGAGGGGUAGGUGAGGGGACGGGGAAUGCGGUACGAUGGCCAUCCAUGAGGAGUCGGAGGAGCUUCGGCAGCCGCCUCCGCCACCGCUGUUCCCAGGCGUCGAAGACGACGUCGGCAUCGGCGUCCCCGCCAACCGCCGCCGCAGCUUCUCCUACCACCGCCUCCCCGAGCAGCUCAUCAAGCUCACUAUCAUCAAAUUGGACGCCACCUCCUUCGAUGUCCAGAUUUCGCGGACGGCCGCCGUGUGGCAGCUGAAGAUGGCGAUCGAGAAUAUAUUCAACAACUCUGCCAAGGAUGGAGGAUGCAAUAUUUCUUGGUCGCUUGUGUGGGGUCAUUUUUGCUUAUCCUACGAAGGCUUUAAAUUAACCGAUGAUCACACAACUCUUCGAAGCUUUGGAAUCAAAGAUGGCGAUGAGCUCCAUUUUAUGAGACAUGUUUCACUGAACUACAGUGAAAGCAAUUGGAGACCCCACAGGAGGUCGGUGACAGCACCAGAGAUCCUUGAAGUAAUUGAGGAGAAUGACAAGGAUAAGAAUGGUGAUUAUAUGGAUGCCAGUCCAUCCAUAGAUGAGCAUGGAGAUAACUAUGAUGAAGGUGAAAGCCUUGUAAGACACAAGGAAUCCAAAUUGGGUCAUUUCUUCCGUGGGUGGUUGUCCAACUCCAGGAGUUCACGGAGAUCAAAAUCAGAUGACCUGUCUCUUCAUUCAAAAACUGUCAGCAAUCACCAAAGAGUGGGAUCAAAGGUGAGACAGUAUCAAUCCAAUAGAAACUCCAUAGUGGAAGCGAAGUGCUUUUGGGUUCCUUAGUGAGUAAACGAGAAUGCCUGCAGCCCAGAAUUGCUACAUUUUGUGUCAAGGACUCACUUUACAUUUUGCCCACCCAGAUAAGAUUCAUUCUCUCUAUAUGCCUUAUAAACACCCCGAUCUUGCAUUCUUGGGUUAAUUUGGUGAACUCAGAGUUGGUUAUAGUGUAAAUGAUUUCGGCUGAUCAUUUUUUUUUAUUUCUUUCUUUCUUUUUUCUUUGUUUUUUAAACUUAAAUACUUCAUGUGAUGUAUAACAUAUUUAGAACCUCUCAAUUAGCAUGGAGAAAUAAUUUAUGUUCCGAC